AUGACUUAUGUUACUUGCCCUUCUGAUACUUCUCCCCGAAGAGCACGUGCCUUAGCUUCCACAUUGGCGGCACUGUCGGAAAUUUCUGUUGAUGAUAUUGUUGUCCAUGGUAACUGGUCUUCUAAGGAUCUAUUUGGACAAUUUUACCGUGUAUCGGUGAACACUUCUACUGAUUUUACAAGACUUACUCUGGAUACACAACAAAGAUCCGAUAGCUCCAAGUGUAAUAUAAUGUAG